AACGUGAACAAAAUGGCGGUCACUCCAAAAUGGCGCCUGUUGGUUUGUGUGCUAGGGCUUUUGUGUAUGCAGAGGGUUCAUUCCUCGAAAGAGGUAAUGCACAAGAUGACGGCAAGCUUCUCAAAAGUCAUCGAUCAAUGUAAAAGUGAACUGAACUUGUCCGAGAAUAUAAUGCAAGACCUGAUGAACUUCUGGAAGGAAGAGUACGAACUCCUUAACCGCGAGCUGGGCUGCGUCAUCAUGUGCAUGGCCACCAAGCUGGACUUGGUCCAGGUCAAUGAGUAUAAGAUGCAUCAUGCUAACGCUCAUGAAUUUGCCAAACAACAUGGUGCCGAUGACGAGGUGGCCAAGCAGCUGGUGACCAUGAUUCACGACUGCGAGAAACAGUUUGAAUCCAACGGCGACUACUGCGCGCGCACGCUGGAGGUCGCCAAGUGCUUCAGGACCAAGAUCCAUAGCCUGAAGUGGGCGCCCGACAUGGAGACGGUGUUGGAGGAGAUCAUGGCUGAGGAUGCGAAGCAGUGAGAGAAGUGAGCCAGGGUUCGGUUUUAGGAAAGGAAGAGAGAAUUUGUUAUUAACGAAAUGUAUCAUAACUAUAUUUACUUACAGAACUUAUCGCGAACAUUCUUUAUUUAUUGUUGCUGACGUUUCAACGACGAAAGUGUAAAAUACACUAUUGCAAACAGAAAUUUAUUAUAGUCUGGAGGAGACUAAAAAGUUAUUGAUCUUCAAAAAAAAAUAUAAGUUUUGUUAAAUUGGCUCAUUUUUAUUAUGUUUGUCCUCAACGCGUGUUUUGGUUUAAUUAAUUAUUAUAGUUGAAAAACGACAUAGUUCAAAAUCUCUUGAAUGAUUGACGGUAGAACACGCUAUGAAAAGUUUACGUAUGUGGUGAAUGAGCCCUGGACUGUAUCAAAUGUAACUUAGGCUUUGCGAAACGGAAACCGAUAUAUAAUAACCAAAUAGUAAAUUAACUUCUCCCUAAACCUUGCGCCUUAGAAUACAUUUGUAAUAUGUUGUAGUUUAAGAUUGUGUGUAUUAAAGUGAAGGUUAUACAUAA